UGAUGGUAGAGUCAUGAUGAAAUGUGUGCCGCAUGCAGUGAAGGACUGGCUGGCCACCCUGGCCACUGCUGGACUGUGCUAAUAAAAAUGCUGCUGUUACUUUGUCGCUGUGCCUUCCUUCUUCUGUGACCCGCCUACAGGAUUCCGGGGCUCCAUUCCAGAUUCCAGAUUCCAGAUUCCAGAUUCCAGAUUCCAGAUUCCAGUUCCCUUCGUGAAUCCGUUCCAGUGAAUCAUCGUUGAUGAGAAGCUCGGCCGCGCGGGUCGCGUUAAACAGAGCUGCUCACCGCGGCAACAUCAGCGCAGGCUUCAUCAUCGAUUUAAAACGAGAAAACGAGCUUCAAACCAACGAACAGGAAAAUAUAUAUAUAUAUAAACAGAUAAAAGAAUAAUCCGACUUUCAAUUCCUUUUCAAUGUGUUGGAAAUGAUGACAAAGUGAAGGGGGAUUUGGAACUGAUUUUGAAAAUGGAUUUGGAGCCCCCGUUGUUGGCGUACCAGUUUGUUUACAUUACCCAAGUGCGUUUUUUUUAAAUAGCUGCAGGUAGGUGGGGACACUGUCCUCUUUUUGUCCUCGACCUCUCUCUCUCUCUUUGAGCUGGACAGCCGUCCUCCUGCUUCUACAAACAUGGAGGGGGAGAGGGUGCGAGACGCGGACCGGACCCGGAUUCGAGAACGGAAACCAGCUGGGUCGUCAACAAGGACUGCUGACCACCAGCAGGAAACUGACACCAAACACCAAGGGAUGUUGUAUUGAGUCAUUGAACAUGCUUGUAUAGUAUUAGUAUUAUUAUACUUUAAUGUAGGAUAGAUGUGAUUAUUAUUAUUAUUAUUAUUAUUAUUAUUAUUAUUAUUAUUAUUAUUAAUAAUUGCCCAGCAGUAGUGUUACACGUGCAUUGCAUGACAGCAGUUCUUGUGUCUUCAUGAAGCGUGUCAGACUCUUGUGACCCCAGUCGGCCGGUAACCGAACCCCACGUUCAAGCCAAUGUUCUAGGGGUCCCCUUAAAAAACAAAAACCGGGGGGCCCCUGUACCCGGACCCACAAUCGUGCUGCCCCAGCCCGUGUGUGUGUGACACGCUACACGGUGAGACGCGACCGCAGCCUCGAGUCUUCCCCCAGUACCUGCUGUGUAAAAUCUCCACCCCUGACAGCGCGGAUCGCAGAUAGGGUGCAGCACAUUCACUCCAGGGAUCAGAUUCACCCCCAUUCAACCACCCUGCCUUAGAGCAAGUACCAAAGAGACCGGACCGGUCUGUCCAGACAGGACAGGAUCCCGCCUCCUCUGACCCAGGCUCUCCAGACAGGACAGGAUCCCGCCUCCUCUGACCCACGCUCUCCAGACAGGACAGGAUCCCGCCUCCUCUGACCCAGGCUCUCCAGACAGGACAGGAUCCCGCCUCCUCUGACCCAGGCUCUCCAGACAGGACAGGAUCCCGCCUCCUCUGACCCAGGCUCUCCAGACAGGACAGGAUCCCGCCUCCUCUGACCCAGGCUCUCCAGACAGGACAGGAUCCCGCCUCCUCUGACCCAGGCGCUCCAGACAGGACAGGAUCCCGCCUCCUCUGACCCAGGCUCUCCAGACAGGACAGGAUCCCGCCUCCUCUGACCCAGGCUCUCCACACAGAAAUUAACUCCAGCGAUUCUACUGCACAUGAAAACAGACCCAGGCCCAGUCUUCAGCGAUACAGUCAAACACUAGGAAUGGUUCAUGCUGGGGGUCUUCCCUUCUGCUGAGUCGCCAGCCAUGGAUCUACCUCUAAACAUCAAUGGUUACCCCGGCUCCCAUUCGCAGCAGGGGCUGGCGGACUGUACCAACAGUGCCGAGGGGGGCGCCUACAUUUGCACGGAGUGCGGGGAGGGGUUUGGGGUUUACGCGCGGCUGCAGGAUCACAUGACCGCGCACGGGCAGGAGCAGCUGACCCUGCAGUACAGCAGCUACAUCAUCCCGCCCCCGGCGCUGCACCGCGAGUACGACAGCGCCUUCUCCUACGCCCGGCCCAUGGAGCUCACGCUGCAGGAGAACGGUACGCUGGCGAUAGUGGAGAGGCCGCCGCAAACGACCACGCAAGAAGAGAGCUGGGGGCCGGCGCCACAGACCGCCACGCAGCGCCUGGAAGAAAGCACAGAGAAAGCGGUGGAGAACGGGAGAGUGGCGGCAGUGGGCGUGGCUAUGGUUGCCCCGCCCAGGUUUUCCUGCGAGGUCUGCGGGCGGCUCUUCAAUACCUCCCAGGGCCUCCAGAGGCACCAGAGAUUCCACACCUCGGAGCGCGGGUUCAAGUGCACGGUGUGCUGCCAGAGCUUCUCCCAGAGGGCCGAGCUGCGGGCCCACCUGCCCGCGCACGCCCACCUGCGCUCCUACGGCUGCGGCCGCUGCGGGCAGCGCUUCACCCAGACGGAGGCGCUGCGGGCUCACCGGGAAACGCACGGACCCCGGUCCGGGUCCCCGGACCGCUCCUACCCCUGCGGGGACUGCGGGCUCCGCUUCUUCUGGCUGUCGGACCUUCAGAGCCACGGACGCAGCCACCACGCGGCCGCCCAGCACCCCCUUCCCGGGAAGAAGUUCACGGAGCUCUUCGUGGACCCCCGGACCGGGCAGAUCCGGGUGCGGGAGCGGAGCCUGCGAUGCGAGGUGUGCGCCAAGGGGUUCAGCCAGCCUUCCGACCUCAAGAGGCACGCGGCCACCCACGCGGGGGCCCGGCCCUUCCGCUGCGGCCUGUGCGGGCGACGCUUCACCCAGGCGUCCGACCUGAAGCGGCACCAGAGGGUGCAUCUCGGGCGGCCCCAGGACCCGCCGAACUGGGUACAGGGGCUCCCCGAUAACGCUGACGGGAGUGGGAUGAAGAAUCCUCCUCCUCCUCCUCCUCCUCCUCCUCCUCCUCCUCUGCAGCAGUCCUUCCCUUGCCAUGUGUGCGGCCGCAGCUUCUUCCACUCCAGCAGCCUCUCCCGGCACCAGCGGUACCACACGGGGGACAAGCCUCACCGCUGCCGGCAGUGCGGGAAGGGCUUCGUGCAGCGCUCCGACCUCCUGAAACACGAGACCGUCCACGCGGCAGCCAGGAGGAGGGAGGAGGAGGAGGAGGAGGAGGAGGAGGAGGAGGGCGGGACCCACCAGGAUGGAAGCGGCUGGCUCCCGUGCCCCGACUGUGGGAAGGUCUUCGUCCAGGCGGCCCGUUUGAAGAACCACCGGCUGAGCCACGCCCACGGGGGGCCCCGAGCGCCGAGCUACCGCUGCCCCCACUGCAGGAAGGGCUUCAGCCUGCUGAGCGUCCUGCGCCGGCACCAGCGCUAUCACGCCAAGGAGAGAGCUUUCCGCUGCCCCGAGUGCCCGCGCGGCUUCCGCCAGUCCUCCGACCUGAACAGGCACCUGCAGACUCACGGGAGGAGGAGGAAGAGGAGGAGGUGGAGGGGGGAGGGGGAGGGGGAGGCGGAGACCCCCGUUCCUCUGCAGCGAGGGGAGGGGGGUCCCGAGGAGACGGGACAGGUUUUGUACGAAUGCCCUGAAUGCGAGGAGACCUUCGUCUGCCUGCAGAGUUUCCUGCAGCACCAGAGCAGCCACGUGAGGAGUGAAGCUCAGUAGAGACGGACGGACGGACGGACGGAUGGACAGAUGCCCCCCCCACCCCCCCCUUACCCCCCCCCCAAUCCAGGUUUUAUAAGCAUAGUUAAAAUAAUCCCACCUGUAACUCUGUAGCAGUGGAUAUAGAAAUGUUAAAAGAAACCUUUUGAAUUAUGAAGUGUUGACGUUUCCGUUAGACUGUCACUGGGUUGUGCUGGACUGGAAGGGGGUCGGCUUAAAAGAGCAGGAGGGCUUGGGGGGGGGGGGUCUCCACUGGAACUGUGCCCCCCUGUCCUGAGCUGGUAAAGUGGACCAAUGGGACCAAAACCUGGUGCUAAAUUAAUGUAUUUAUCUAUAAUCCCCCCCCCCCCCCCCAAGUGGAAUGGUUCAACCCAGAAACAGCCCGUCCACUUACAGGACCCUUGUCAAGUUCUGUCCCAGAGGGGUGUUAGAAAAACAAGCAACGCUCAUGAAAGGAAAUCGAAUCUCAGGAGGGCUGGAGCUCAAACGGGCGGCCCUCCCUUCACUCAGUCAAGCCGAGCCCCGCCCCUGAGCGUUUCUGUUAUCU